GAGAGUCUAACUAGCCCAGUCCUGCCCAGCGUCAGCAGUUCCCCUGCAUUGACAAAAUGAAACAGCCAUAGGGCAGGAGACGGCAAGCUAACUGCAGGAUAGAGAGAGAGGAUGAGUCAAGUACUGCACCAUAUCAUUAAAAGCCCAGCUGGAGCAGACGACAUACGGCAUAUAUAACUUCAGACAGACACAGUAUUCUUGAAGAGAUAAUAAUGAACAAUGACCCAACACACCUCCAGGCUGUGUAAGGGCUAUUUGACCAAGAAGGAGAGGGAUGGAGUGCUGCAUCAGAUGACCUGGCCUCCACAAUCACCUGACCUCAACCCAAUUGAGAUGGUUUGGGCUGAGUUGGACUGGCAGAGUGAAGGAAAAGCAGCCAAGUGCUCAAUAUAUGUGGGAUCUCAAGACAUUUGGGAAAGCAUUCCAGCUCUCCUCAAAGCCCCUGUUCCUGGGGACAGUGACCUGCUUGGUUCUAACCUUUGUCCUCUCUGUGACCUCCCUCCCUGCUGAUGCUGAGAAGGGAAGGAGGAAAGUUGUUCAUGUACUCGAGGAUGACACUGGGGCAGUGAUUGUUCAAACUGCCCCAGGUAAAGUGAUCACCCACCGGGGAGGCUCCAUCACCCUGCCCUGCCGCUACCACCACGAACCCGAGAGCUCUGACCCCAACCGCAUCCGCAUCAAGUGGACCAAGGUGACGGAUGCACUGGUGUUUGAGGACGUGUUUGUGGCGUUGGGCCUCCAGCAGAGGGUGUUCGGGUCAUACCGGGGUCGUGUGUCCCUAGAGCAGAACGGACCGGGGGACGCAUCUGUCAUCAUCCACAACGUCACUUUGGAGGACUACGGACGCUACGAGUGCGAGGUCACCAACGACAUGGAGGACGAUACGGGAUUUGUCAACCUGGAUCUUGAAGGUGUGGUGUUCCCCUACUACCCACGGGUGGGGCGCUACAAGCUCAACUACCACCAGGCUGAGGAUGUGUGUAAGGAGCAGGAUGCCAUCCUGGCCUCCCAUGCCCAGCUCCACAAGGCCUGGCUAGAGGGCCUGGACUGGUGCAACGCAGGCUGGCUGGAGGACGGCUCCGUCCAGUACCCCAUCUCCCACCCCCGGGACCAGUGUGGCCGCAAGGACACCGCCGCAGGGGUACGCAACUACGGCUACAGACACAAAGAGGAUGAGCGCUACGAUGCCUUCUGUUUCACCUCCAACCUCAAUGGUAAGGUGUAUUUCCUGAAGCGAUUUAAGAAGGUUAACUAUGCUGAGGCAGUGAAGGCGUGCCUGCGUGACAGCUCAGUGGUGGCCAAGGUGGGUCAGCUCUAUGCUGCCUGGAAGAUCCAGCUGCUGGAUCGCUGUGAGGCAGGCUGGCUGGAGGACGCAAGUAUCCGCUACCCCAUCGUCAACCCACGCACCCGCUGCGGAGGGCCCCAACCGGGGGUCCGCCACCUGGGCUUCCCCGACUUGAAGUUCCGCCUCUACGGGGUUUACUGCUUCCACAAGAACCAAGAGAAUGUUAAUGUUGAUGUAGUUAAGGUGACACAGCACCCAGGGAAGAGCAGUAAGGACAUCCCCAUGAACACCACUACCACCAGAAACAUCUAGAGAGAGACUGAGAGGAGGGUUUAUUAGGAUCACUCUUGCUACAACAUAGCUCCAUCCAUUGCUUUAACUAAACAAUGUUGCUGAACAUUACUGACAAGAUAUGCUAAAUUGCAGCAGGAUUCACCAGAAAGAGAAGGUAACAACGUGGUUCAGUUAGGGGCGGAAUCUUUAUCUCCGUGAUUUCUCUUGUUUGAAAUGAGGUGGCAGUCAUGUUGAGGUUGGUUUGUGCUUCCACCAUUGUCUCAGAGAGGCUUAGCUAGUAAAUGCAGCAGAUCAUCAUUUCUCAGGCACAUCAGGAUUAGAAAAAUGAACGCCAUUGUUUACUAUGUUUCUAUUAGAGACAUGGCGAGAGACCACAGGCAUGAUGGGGGCUCAGACUUCACAGUGUGUUCUGUUCUCCAUGUGGCUUCAUUUCUGGAGGAAAAGGUCCUUUGCUAAAAGCACUUGACUUUAAGCAGUGCCAGCCGCAGAGAAUCACAUUAAUUAGCGGGCUGUGGAGACAGAGACCGAUAAUAUACUAUGUCUGUCUGACUGUAAUGAAUGCAGCGCAUUAAGCGAGCCCCUGAUAAGCAGAUACUGAUGAUGAGCUUUAAAGCAGACUACUAUCAUGCCUAAUCUAUCUGCAAAUGUUGCCAGGUGCCAGCAUGAUGCCCAAGCUUUGCCUGGCAUGGCAGAGCACUGCUUAGAGGUGCCCUUUGAGUUCUACUGCGCCCCCAGUCGUCCGCCUCUAUCCGGUUGCCAUGUUUGGGUAGAGCCAUCUGAAACGUUUUUCCUCAGUAACUAACUAAGUACUGGCAACCGUACCAGAGCUCAAUAAACAUAGUGAAUGUUGUAAUUAGAUAUAUUUUAUGACGAAAUGGUUAGUCUAUAGCAAGCAUGUUUUACCUGGAGCUAAUUUUAGUAACUGAGGCUGAUCUAACUGAACUAUGUUAUAGCUGCUUUAAUAGCUGCUUGAUUAUCUCAUGUUUCUAUGCAGCCAUGGCCAUUGAUUGCACUAUUUGUUCAAUUGUGAAAACCACAAUUGAACUGUAUCAGUCAUUAUCUUGAUGUAUGAAUUGUAUCUAUAGUGAGGGAUAUAUGCUGAAGCUGUGAUACAAAAGUAAUACAUUAGAUAUUGACAAUGUUGUUCAUUAAAACUGAUUCUGUGAGAUUA